UUUCAAGUUUCCCGAGAGAGAGAGAGAGAGAGAGAGAGAGAGAGAGAGAUGGCGGAGACCGCAGCAUAGGGCGGCGAUCGAUGAUUGAGUGAGGGGGAGAGGAGGAGAUCGGCGAUCAUCGAUAGGUGGGGGUUUUGAUGACGGUGUUUGGGCAGGGGAUGGCGGUCAGCGGAGGGGGAGGGGGAGGAGGGGGGAGGGUGGGGAGGCAGCAGGUGUGGCCGGUGGACUACGAGGCGGAGGAGGCGUCGCAGAGGCUGCUGGAGGCGGCGGAGAGGGGGGAUCUGAUGGCGGCGGCGGAGUGCCUGGUGGAUCCGAUGGUGGACGUCAACUACGUCGGGGCGGUGUGCCUCAAGGGGCGCCGGGCAGAGGUGGUGCUCCGGGAGGAGGCCCCCGACGAGGUUCGUGUCGAAUAUGACGAGCUCAGAACCGACGUCUCCGCCCUCUUCCUCGCCGCCCACGCCGGCCACCUCCCCCUCGUUCGCAAGCUCCUGGAGGCGGGGGCGGACGUGAACCUGAGGCUGUUCAGGGGGUAUGCGACGACGGCGGCGGCGCGGGAGGGGCGGGCGGAGGUGGUGGAGGUGCUGCUGAAGGCGGGGGCAUCGCAGCCGGCGUGCGAGGAGGCGGUGGUGGAGGCGUGCUGCCACGGGCGGGCGAGGCUGGUGGAGCUCCUCAUGGGAUCCGACCUUGUCCGCCCGCAUGUCGCCGUUCACGCGCUCGUCUCCGCCGCUGCACGGGGAUUCGUCGACGUCGUUGACACCCUCAUCAAGUGUGGAGUUGAUCCAAAUGCAACCGAUCGCAUGCUGCUCCGCUCAUUGAAGCCAUCACUGCACACCAACGUCAACUGCACAGCUAUUGUGGCCGCCAUCGUCAGCCGGCAGGUAGCUGUCGUUCGGCGAUUACUUCAGGCUGGAGUGAGGAAGGAAACUAAGGUGAGGCUGGGUGCAUGGUCAUGGGACACUGCAACUGGCGAGGAGAUCCGGGUGGGAGCUGGGCUUGCUGAGCCCUACAGCAUUGCCUGGUGUGCUGUCGAAUACUUUGAAUCUACUGGAACCAUACUGCGACUGCUCCUCCAGCACUACAAUCCCAACACCCUACACUUCGGCCGGACCCUUCUCCACCAUGCGAUCCUCUGUGCCAAUCCCCGUGCUGUCCACACCCUCUUGGCAUCUGGAGCUGACUGCGAGUUCCCAGUGAAAACGAGCAGGAAGAACGAGUUCCGACCGAUCCACAUGGCUGCCCGGCUCGGCCACCCUUCAAUCCUGCAGAUCUUGAUCGAUAAAGGGUGCGACCUCAAUUCAAGAACGGACUCUGGGGAGACUGCAUUGAUGCUAUGCGCACGGCAUAAGCGCGAUGAUUGCCUCAAGGUUCUUGCAUCAGCUGGUGCUGAUCUUGGUCUGGUUAGCUCUGCCGGUGCAUCCGCUGCGUUAGUUGCUGCUUCAAACCGAUGGAGCAUUGGCUUCCAACGUGCUGUUCUUGAUGCGAUUCGGUCAGGGAAGUUUCCUCGAUCUAGUGAUUCAUCUGUCUUCUCUCCAAUGAUGUUUGCUUCACGCCUUGGUGAUGUCGAAGCCUUGGAAACAUUGUUGAUGCGGCCAGAGGUCAACAUCGAUGAGCAAGAUGAGAAUGGGUUCUCACCAGUUAUGGUUGCAGCCAAGGAAGGCCAUGUUGAUGCCUUCCGCUUCCUAGUCUUCGCCGGUGCCAAUGUGAAGCUAAGGAAUCAAGCAGGGGAGACAGCAAUCACGCUUUCUCAGUCGAACGGCGAUCCGGAUCUUUUCGAGCAGGUGAUGCUCGAGUUCGCUCUUGAGAAGGGCAAUUCAGGAGGAUUCUAUGCUCUGCACUGUGCUGCUCGGCGUGGAGACUUGGCUGCAGUGCGGCUCUUGACCACCAGGGGCUGUGAUGUCAACAUGCCUGAUGGAGAUGGGUACACACCACUGAUGUUGGCAGCAAGAGAAGGCCAUGGAGCGCUAUGCGAGCUCUUGAUUGCUUCUGGUGCCAGAUGCGAUAUCAAAACUCAUCGAGGCGAGACCGCCAUUUCGCUAGCAAGGACCAAUGCUAAGUUCGGCAAUGAGGCAGAAACUGUGAUAUUGGAUGAGCUAGCUAGGGUCUUGGUCUUGGAAGGGAGGUGUGUGAUGAAGCACACAAAGCGUGGUAAGGGAUCGCCCCAUAGGAAGGCUUUAAGGAUGGUGGGGGCUGCAGGGGUGCUGCGGUGGGGCAAGUCGAGUCGCAGGAAUGUGGUGUGCAGGGAGGCUGAGGUGGGGGGAAGCUCGGCGUUUCAAAGGAAGAGGAAAGGAAAGGGGGAUGCGUACGAGCCGGGGCUGUUCAGAGUGGUGACUGCCAAGGGCAAGGAGGUGCACUUUGUGUGCGAGGGUGGGAAGGAGCUGGCAGAGCUCUGGGUGAGGGGGAUCAGGCUGGUGACAAAAGGCAGCUUUUAGCAGAGGAGAGGAGUGAGUGGUAGGGGAGUAAAGCCUGAGAUAUCUUUUAGAAGCGGUCUUUUGGAUGAUAUGCUGUAAAAGAGAGAGUCUGGACUUCAGCUCGAAGUCAGCUAUUUCUUUUGUUCCUUGGUUUUGACUGGUGCAUAGUUUGAAUUUAGAUAAAAUGUAGAUUUCUCUCAGUGCAUUCCUUAAAUACUAUUUAGAUACAAGAUUUGGAAGUGGGAAUAUCCAAGAAUAUUUGAUUGGUUC